CACUUGCCAUUAUGAAUGGACUCGAUCAUGAUCUCCAUUCACGUAUCUUGGUGAGUCUAGCUAGUGUAUUAGCAGACACAAAGGCAAAGACGACAACAGAUGAAGUAGAGCGACUAUUAUCCAAAUGUUUACCUGUAUCUUUAUUGCCUAUGGAAGAUUUGACUAUGAUUACCACAGGUACCAUGGGCCUCAUGACACAUCGCUAUCAAACCACACUGGAUGCACUGAUUGAAUUCACAGUCAAAGCUGACACAUCAAGACAACUAGAACUUGUGCCUCGCUUAUUGUCUUAUCUGAAGCAUUUGCCUGUAUUUGAAUGGGAAGAUAUCAUUCUUGUGAAAGGUGUCACUCCUCCUGAUCAUGUCACCUAUAGUAUCGUGUCUGGUUUACUUGCUAUUGCACACCAACAAGCUGAAUUAAUAGACAUUAUUUAUGAAUCAUUAUGGCAUUAUGGUCGAUGCUUGAUUGAAUUGAUGGAAACACGUGAUCAGGACUCGAUUGUGUCUUUCUGUUUACCUUCUUUAGCUGGUUUAGCACGCGCCUUACAAGUCUCUCCUUACUUACACCAGCCCCAUCAACUUCAAUCCUUAUGUGAGAAUAUUCAACCCUUAUUUGUUGACUCCACAUUAGAUCAUAUCAAAGCAGCUAUUGAUGGUUGCCUUAAACAGUCUGACAAGACAAGUUAUAGUCGUCGUGUGUUGGCCAGUUAUUGGGAAGCAGGCAUUCCUCUCAGUUCCAAUCGCAUUAUUCAUGACUUAUUGAUCAUUUUACGCAAUGUGACUGCCCGUGUGAUUGCAGAUGAUUAUGCUGCUUUGCCUGUAGAACAUACCAGCACAAGUCAAUUGCAUCUCACAACGCAUAUUGAACAUGCUUGGUCUGGUCUGAUGAAGAAAGUAGCAGGUGGAUUUCGACCUCAAGAUGAUCAAGUGGACCAAAAACUCAACAAGAACCUGAGAGGUGCUUAUGUCAUGAGUCUGGGUUAUUUUGAUGAAAUCAAGCGAUAUGCUGAAAGAAGAGAGAAUGAAGGCAAGGCAUGGUCGCUUGACUCUUAUAUGAGGGAAAUCAUGGGCACUAGUUUGCAAGUAGCAGCACUUUCUUCUGUUUAUUUGCAUCAAGUGGAUGAUGUGCUUAUUAGCUAUGUGGAUGAAUGUCUGUUUGAGUUACCUACAGGCAACAAGACUUGGGUUCAUGUGGCCUCGCUUGACACGGCUGUUCUUUUGGCUAUCAAUUUUCCUUCUUUAAACAACAAAAUGACAGAGACAAUUUGUCGCUAUCUAGCUACACCUUCACCUGUAUUUGAACUGAAUACGCAUCUAGAACGAAUGGAGACAACCAUGCAAAAGUUUGCUAUCACUCGACUUGCUCAAUGUGUUCAGACAAUGCCUGAAUUACAAAUGCGUCAAGCAGCCAAUUCAACCUUUUACGCCUUAUUGAACGAAAUGACUCGAUUCUCAGACCAAGCAUCAACACCUCUUCUUGCUCGGUCCAACAGUACGCCUGUCAAAGAUUUAGAUGAGUCAGAAAAGCAACAAGUACGUGUGAAUGCACUCUCAGCCAUUGUGGGUAUAGCUGUCUAUCUAAAAGAUGAGUCUAUUAUCGCACAAGCGUACUCAGUAUUAGCAUUGCGUCGUAAAUCAUUUUCCAUCUCGACCAUCACUCAUUUGACAAAGAAUUUGGUCGAUUUAGCCUUGGUGGGUUCAUUGACUGUCUUUCGAGAUAUCAUCAACCUAUUCUCUGCCUUGAGUAGAGAAUCCUUGACAAUGGAUAACAAGCAACUCUCAACAGCCAUUCUAGAUGCUCAGCUUGCAUUGGCUCAACAACUAGAUCACUACUAUGAUCAUUAUCUUCAUAACCUGUUGGCUUUAUUUGUCGAGAAUGGCAAUACAAUCCAACGUAUCCUCAAGAACAAGAAAGAACCAGAGGCUCCGUGGGCUUCAAAACUGGGAAAACUGCUUCCUGUGAUCCAUGCCCUGUUGAGUCAUGCUGAUUUCCAACCGCAUCUCAAUCCCACUGAAGAAACCGUGUCCUUGUUCCGUAAUACAUGGUUUCAUUGCAUCCUGUUCGGAUUCGUGACAGAAUCGAUCUGGCUUCGAGAAUGGCAUGAAUUCAUGUUGGUCAUUGCUUCUAAAACACCUGUGCUUGUGAUUGAAAGUGCCACCAACUAUCUUGAAAGUGAUCUUGAAUUCAAUUCAGUUUUGCGUGGUGCCAACACAACAGAUAGAGAUAUUGGCUUGUUACGACAGAAGCUCACCAGCCUAUUGCCUUCGUUGGCUUAUGACAGUAAGAACUUUUCCUUUGCUCAGAUUGUGUUUGCCCUUAGCGUGUACCAUAUUGAAUUGAUGCGAAGUAAGAUGGGUGAUUGUAGUUUUGUACUUAGGUAUUUCAUGAACGAUGGUGUUAGUAACAGUACGAUGGCCAAUUGCCUUGAAACUAUUGUGGAUCGUGUCAUUAGUAACUACAUCAAGGAUGCUUCUCUCAAGGCAUCUACUCAGGCAUUAGAUGGUGAAUUACGUGGUCAAAUGAGCCAGUUACUUCAACUGUGUUGCCAUCGACUAGACAAGGUCCAUGGCAUAGCCAUCAAGACAUCAGAGCGUAUCGUCACUACCUUUCCUCAAGUGUUUGCUGAAAAGUCAUUAAUGACACUUUUGCUUGAACUGGUUCAGCUAGUCUGGUUAAGCUGUGAAGCAGAAUACCGUGAUGAAUAUUAUCCUGUCUUCCAUUUCACUUCUCCUCGCGUGGGUGUCACGAUUGAAUUAGGCGAUUCAUUUGUGUAUCGUCGACAAGUCUGUAGUAGUAUGUAUGAACAUGGCAAGAAAUGGCUUCAGAUAUCCAUGGACAGAGCUCCUAUGGAAAUUAAUGGUUUGCUACAAGAUUAUUUAGCAGAUCAUGCACGCUAUGAUAGACCCAUGGAUGUAGCACAUAUGGGCCGUACUUUGGCUUUGGAAGUAGGCAAAGCAGCAGCCAAGAAUGAAAUGACUAUUGAUUUUGUGCCUCGUGUGCGUGGUGCCUUAUUAGAUGAUUCUUCUGAUUUUGUAGAUGGAUUUACUUCAAGAAGAUACUAUCUUGGACAAGUAGAUGGACUUCAACUCGACACACUGUCUCUUGUGGGUCAUGUUCCUCAUAUCUUGCAGACAUUAACCAGCAUGUUGGACGAUAUUAAGCAACGUAACAAGAUUCCACUGGAUCGGUUGCGUCGUACUUUAUUACACGCAGCCAGUUUCGUUGUGUCGUUGCCUAGCAUUCAGCCUGACUUGAUUCGUUCUCUUGUUCGUAUUCCAGUGCAUAUUUUUACGCCUGAAUCACUGGAGAUUGGUACUGAUGUCUGGAACUGGAUUUUGAUUGAAAGGCCUGAUAUGGAGAAACGAAUGAUGGUCGAGAUCCUGAACAUGUGGAGUUGGGCACAACGUUACCGCAAAGGUCUCUUUUCGCCCAAACUGAAUGCCAAACACCCCUUUGUGAGCAGGAUGACUUAUGCACCCUCUGAUCGAUCCAUUAUUGAGGCCAACUACCACAACACGACUCGUUUGUUGACACCGCAUGUCACUUGGAUAAAAUUCCUUACCAGUCGAUUUUAUGCUAUUCGACACCGUAGUAAGCAUUUGAUCAACCUAUUGAUUCGUUUACUCCAAGAGACAUUCCAUAAUGCUCAUUUGAUGAGCACUCAUCCAUUUGCUCGUCUGCCUCGAUUCCAGUUAGUAUUACUAGGCAUGAAAAUCUUGCGUUCAUCGCAUAUGGAAGCUUUGGCUGAAUACCGCUUUCGUUCCUUGGUCUAUGGUUCUGCCUUUCAUUGGUUUGCUUUACCUCCUCAAUGGCACUAUGGAUCUCGCAAGAGUUAUGCCCUCAUAGAACAAAAGGUACUUUCAGAAUGUUAUAGUGCCAUUGUCAAUGAUACACCUCGCUUAAGUGAUCUAUUGACCUGUACUUCUCGUCAUACCAACUCAAAAGUGGCUUCAGGCCUUUACAUGUUCUUAAGCGACAAAACCAAAGAUGAUAUUCUUCGUGAACAAAAAUUGACCAAGCGACUACUGUUGUUAUUGAUGGACAGUGAAUUAGCUCGUCUGUCUGUCUGGUGCAAUCCAUUGAAUGCCGUGGGCCCUGGUUAUCUUGCUAAUUAUAGCUCUGAGAAAUCAUUUACUACGGAUGAGAAUUGGAAAGAGAUCAUUCGGUUUGCAUGGGAGACGUUGCCCAAGAUGGCAGUUCAAAUGGCUGCUCGAUUUGUUCAACCUGCUGUUCAGCGCGAGUUACAUACACUGAUUGCCAACAAUACAUUGGAUGUGGUGGAUGUGCCUGAAGCCUUGGAGAUUUUGUUAGGGGAUAAAGUACAGCCAACAGCUAAAUUGGAUCUUCGGUAUCUCAAGUACUGGGCACCCGUGCCUGCCAUCACAGCAGCCAAUUACUUCAUGCCAGCUUAUGGGAACCAUCCUUUGAUUUUACAAUAUGCCAUGCGAAGCUUAGAAUAUUAUCCUGUGGAUACUGUAUUUUUCUAUGUGCCUCAGAUUGUCCAAGCACUUCGAUAUGAUGAUUACGGUUAUGUAGAGCGUUAUAUUAUGGAAGCAGGACAAGUAUCUCAGCUGUUUGCUCAUCAAAUCAUUUGGAAUAUGAGUGCUAACUUCUAUAUUGAUGCCGAUAAAGACUGUAUUAAGCCUGAUCCUUUGAAGCCUACACUGGAAAGAAUCAUUGAUCAUCUUGUUUCUUCUUUUACAGGUAAAGAUCGUGAUUUCUAUGAGCGAGAAUUCAAGUUCUUUGGUGAUGUGACAGCCAUUUCAGGCUAUUUAAAAGAAUACAUUAAAUAUGGCCAAAAUGAAAAAAAGCCUAUGCAAAAGAAACGCUUGGAUGAAGAGCUAGCCAAAAUCAAGGUCGAUGUUGGUGUCUAUCUUCCUAGCAAUCCAGACGGCCAUGUGGUCGAUAUCAACCGUACCUCAGGCAGACCACUUCAAAGUCAUGCUAAAGCACCCUUUAUGGCCACGUUUAAAAUUGAAAAAGAGAAAGAACAAGUCAAUACGCUUGAAGAAGACAAUGAAACCAAUUCUCAAGCAUCCACCAUGACACUUUGGCAAAGUGCCAUUUUUAAAGUAGGCGAUGAUUGUCGACAGGAUGUGCUUGCAUUACAGUUGAUUGCUGUAUUUAAAAACAUUUUUACCAGCAUUGGUCUUGACCUUUAUGUUUAUCCUUACCGUGUAGUAGCCACCGCGCCUGGUCGUGGUGUGAUUGACGUGAUUCCUCGGUCCAUUUCUCGAGAUCAACUUGGCCGAGAAAAAGUGAAUAGCAUGUAUGAUUAUUUUGUUGCAAAAUACGGUGGUCCUACUUCUAUUGCCUUCCAACGUGCCCGUACAAACUUUGUUCAAAGUGUAGCUGCUUAUUCUUUGAUUUCUUAUUUGUUGCAGUUCAAAGAUCGACAUAAUGGUAAUAUCAUGCUGGAUGAUGAUGGACAUAUUAUUCAUAUUGAUUUCGGGUUUAUUUUUGAUAUUGCACCUGGUGGCAUUGGCUUUGAAAGUUCACCCUUCAAACUGACAACAGAGAUGGUUCAAGUUAUGGGUGGAAAUUCAGAAGAACAAGCCUUUAAACAGUUUAGUGAGCUGGUGAUCAAGGGUUAUUUGGCUUGUCGACCUUAUGCUGAAUUAAUUAUGCAGUUGGUGACAUUAAUGCUUCAGUCCGGCUUGCCUUGCUUUAAGGGUGAGACAAUCAAACGUAUGCGUGCCCGAUUCCAGACAGAUAAAUCAGACAGAGCAGCAGCUGAUUUUAUGAUUCAAAGAGUCAAGGAUUCAUUUGAAAACCAACGCACUGUAUUGUAUGAUUACUUUCAAAAAGUCACCAAUGGGAUUCCUUAUUAGAAACACAAUAAAUAAAUCCUU